AUGGCUUCGACUCCUCAGCAACGCGUUGAGCAAAUGUGUGCAUUAUUUAGAGAACAAGCAGAAUCAAUUGCCAUCGAAAAGCAAACAGAAGCUGCUAAGAUAGCAGACCAAUACUACGACCAACAGAUUUCUUUAACAACAAACAAUCUCCAAACCGAAGCUGAACGCCAAGAAAAGGAAAUUGAAGUUAAUAGACAAAUUCAAAAUGCUAAAAUUACUAACAGUGCAAAGCUUGAGAUCCUUAAGGCACAGAAGAAGGCUUUGAAUGAAUGCUUAGAGGAAGCAAAGAAUAGACUCAAUGAAUUCAGCAAAGGACCAGAUUAUCCACUUGUUCUUGCUAAACUUAUAGCCGAAGGAGUAAUAAUUUUAAAGGAACAACGUGUAAGACUUACAGUAAGAAAAGCUGAUGUCGAAAUUUGCAAUAGCAUCAUUCCAAAGGCACUAGAGAUGGUCAAAUCAGUAGAUCCAAAUCUUGAUUGCAAGUUAAUCGUUGAUGAAGAGAGAUAUCUUCCUGCAGAUCCUCACUGCGCAGGCGGCGUAGUUUUCACAUGCCAUAAAGGAAAGAUUCGCCUAUCCAACAUUUUGAAUGAGCGCCUCAAACUUGCUUAUGAUGGAAUUCUCCCACAAAUCCGUGAAAUUGUUUUGGAAUAA